CGGGAAGCUUCGGUGAAGACGGAAAAGCGGUCGGAAAAGCUGCUUUUAUUGGCGGGAGAGCGCGUGAAAAGUGCAUGCUGUUUAAAAAAAAUAAUAGUGUGUUGACGAAGGAGUUAAACAAAGAAGAGGAAAACAAGAGCAGCAGAAUGCUAAAGUGCAGUGAUGUGAGAAAAUAGAGAAGGAAAAAAAAUAUUGUAUAUUUUUAAAUAUUCGCCCUCAAGGCGGGCCCAUGCAAUACAUACAACCGAAAAUAAUAAGAACUGAAAUAAGACCAGCCCUUUGGAGAUUUGCCCCCUGCUAAAAGUGCGUUGCAUGUGUUUCUAAUAAUGAAGUGUUUAUUUUGGGCGCCCGCAAGUGAAAUGCAUUUGAAUGCCACAGCGAUUGAGCAGCGACUCGAAAUCAAGAGAUAAAUAAAAUUCGGAAAUUCGAAGUGUUUGUAUAUUCGUUGUGCUUUUUUAUAGCCGCCUUCAAUUUUUUGGAUUGGAUUAUUUCCCUUGGCGAUCUGUAACAUUCCUGUGAAAUAUGUAACAACUGUUUAUGCUUUUUUUGGUGGCCAACAAUAUUUUUGCGCCUCCCACAGGAAAACAAACAAAAAUGUAUUGAUCAGCAGUGGAGAAGGUAGACUGGACAAAGGAAUUUACCCAUGAAUAAGUCAAGUGUUAAUAGUAAAGUCAACAAUUGAAGAGUGAGCACAUUGAAAAGGGAAAGUCGCAAAAAAAGGUGUUAAUACCAAACAGGAUCAGAAAGUGCCGCGGCAAAAUGGCGGCACGACGUUGCCUGAAUCAGCUCAGGCAACGUUAUAUAACCAACCGAUUUAAUAUAUGCACCUGCGCGAUAUUCUUGAUAUCCCUUCCAUUUAUUUUGGCCAUAGAGGAGACCACAUUUGCUGGUCUUUCGGCGGAAAAUGCGGCUCGCAUGCUGGCCGGCAGUCCCGGGGAUGUGGAAAAGUCCUCGUUGUCGCAUCACAGUGAAAUGUCCUUGGUCCUGCCACACGAUACCUAUCCUGGAUUCAGUAUCAAAAAGUUCAAAACCCAUCCUGUAAAGAUAAACGGUAGCUCCCACUCUGGUGCAGCUGCCUAUCACAUGUUGGACACGGACUACUCCAAGUACUUCACCGUACUGGAAGAUGGUGUGGUGAUGACCACGGCGGAUAUUUCCCCGCUUGUCAAUCGUCCGGUUCAGUUGGUGGUUGUUGAACAAACGCCCAAUGCCACCAAUACCCACAAUCUGCAGCUGUUUGUGAUGCACCGCAAUGAUAUGCUGCGAUUUUCUGGAUCCCUACUCGAUGCCAGUGGUGAAGUUAGGGAGAAUCAACCGGCGGGUACCAGGGUGAGAGGAGUGCCCCUGAUGCAGGCCUUCAGCGGUUCCAUCCUGGACGAAGAACUGGCCACACCCAAAAAGGUUCGGUACACCAUUAUUGACGGCAACGUGGAUGAUGCAUUCGCCCUGCAGGAACGUAAGGCCAACAAGAACAUUCAAAUAAGUGCCAAGUCCUUGGUGAUUAAUGGCGAUGACGAAUCCGGUGUUUGGCUGGUCACCAAUCGUCCGCUGGAUCGAGAGGAGAGGGCUCACUAUGACCUGUCCGUGGAAGCAUCAGAUGUCGAUGGUUUAGACAGGACAGUUUCCAAAAUACAAAUCACCGUGUUGGAUGAAAACGACAAUAGACCGAUUUUCAAGUCCCUGGACUACAAGUUCGCCAUCGCUGGACAGAAAUCUGCAAGUAUGGAAAGCAACAGUAGUGUGACAUAUCAGCGAUUUGCGAUCAUGGGAAAAGUUGAGGCCACCGAUGCUGAUGGUGACAAGAUUGCCUAUCGGCUAAAGUCGCCCAGUAAUGUUGUCAUUAUUGUACCCCAAACUGGCGAAAUAAUGCUGGCUGGAGAGCCCACUUCAAAUGAACUUCUUAUCGAGGUGAUAGCCCACGAUCUAAGGUACCCGAGUUUGGUGAGCGCAAAACCCGCGAAGGUUCUAUUGGAAUUUUUGGCCGCCGAACCAGUUUCAUUUAUAAUGCAACAUCUGGAACACGAUGACAUCAACAAUCACUCACAUCAUCGAGAGAAAAGACGUGUCACACGAGCUGUUCGACCCACCAAGAGGAUUGAGUUCACCGAAGCUGAUGGAGACACUGAGGGAAAAUCGGUGUUCCAGUUGGAAAAGGAGACCGAUAAGGAAACAUUCAAGAUCCGGGAUGAUAAUCCCUGGGUGACGGUGGAAACAAACGGAGCUGUGCGAGUUAAAAAGAAGUGGGACUACGAGGAGUUGGGACCAGAGAAGACUAUCGAUUUUUGGGUCAUCAUCACAAAUAUGGGACACAAUGCUGGCAUUAAGUACACGGACAACCAGCGUGUGAUAAUCCUGGUGAAGGAUGUGAACGACGAGCCCCCCUAUUUCAUCAACCGGCCACUGCCCAUGCAGGCGGUGGUUCAGCUGAAUGCACCACCCAACACUCCAGUGUUCACCCUCCAGGCCCGAGAUCCCGAUACGGAUCACAAUAUCCACUACUUCAUCGUUCGCGAUCGGACUGGUGGACGUUUCGAGGUGGACGAGCGUUCUGGUGUCGUGCGGACCAGGGGCACGGAUCUCUUCCAACUGGACAUGGAGUAUGUGCUGUAUGUGAAGGCCGAGGAUCAAAACGGAAAGGUCGAUGAUCGCAGGUUUCAGAGUACUCCCGAGGAGCGACUUUCAAUCGUGGGCGGCAAACGAGCACCGCAGUUCUAUAUGCCCAGCUAUGAAGCCGAGAUCCCGGAAAACCAGAAAAAGGAUUCAGACAUCAUUUCGAUUAAGGCCAAGUCGUUCGCAGACCGCGAAAUUCGCUAUACUUUGAAGGCCCAGGGCCAAGGAGCCGGCACCUUCAACAUCGGACCCACGUCGGGUAUUGUCAAGUUGGCCAAGGAGUUGGACUUUGAGGAUCUGCGACAGCCGCACGUGUACUCGCUGAUUGUGACAGCCACCGAGGAUUCGGGAGGAUUUUCAACCUCCGUUGAUCUCACCAUUCGCGUUACGGAUGUGAAUGAUAACGCGCCGAAGUUCGAGCUGCCCGACUACCAGGCGCACAAUGUGGACGAGGACAUUCCGCUGGGAACAAGCAUACUUCGCGUUAAAGCCAUGGACUCCGAUUCCGGAUCAAAUGCGGAAAUCGAAUAUUUAGUAUCCGAUGAUCAUUUCGCCGUGGACUCGAACGGAAUCAUCGUGAACAACAAGCAACUGGAUGCGGACAACAACAAUGCCUAUUAUGAGUUCAUAGUGACUGCCAAGGACAAGGGUGAACCGCCCAAAUCGGGAGUGGCUACAGUUCGAGUUUACACCAAAAACAAGAACGAUGAGGAGCCCAAGUUCUCCCAGCAAGUGUAUACCCCCAAUGUGGAUGAGAAUGCCGGGCCAAACACUUUGGUUACCACUGUGGUAGCCUCCGACAAGGACGGUGAUAACGUGCGGUUUGGAUUCGUGGGCGGCGGCACUUCAUCGGGUCAGUUUGUCAUCGAGGACAUAACCGGUGUUAUCCGACUGCAUAAUAAGGCCAUAUCCCUGGACAAGGACAAGUACGAGCUGAACGUCACCGCCAUGGACGAUGGAUCUUGUUGUGUGAAUGGAGACCAAACUAUCCACACCUCAACUGCUGUGGUCGUGGUAUUCAUCACCGACGUCAACGAUAAUAAGCCAGUGUUCAAGGACUGCAGUACCUAUUAUCCGAAAGUCGAGGAAGGAGCUCCUAAUGGAAGUCCUGUCAUUAAGGUUGUGGCCACCGACGAGGAUAAGGGUGUGAAUGGACAGGUGAAAUACUCAAUUGUUCAGCAACCAAAUCAGAAAGGCACAAAGUUCACGGUGGACGAGGAGACCGGAGAGGUGUCCACCAACAAGGUAUUCGAUCGCGAGGGAGAUGAUGGCAAGUUCGUGUCCGUCACAGUUAAGGCCACCGAUCAGGGUGAUCCCAGUCUAGAGGGUGUCUGCUCCUUCACCGUGGAAAUCACAGAUGUAAACGAUAAUCCGCCACUGUUCGAUCGACAGAAAUACGUGGAGAAUGUAAAGCAGGAUGCCAGCAUUGGCACAAACAUCCUUCGUGUCUCUGCCUCCGAUGAAGAUGCCGAUAACAAUGGAGCUAUAGUAUACAGCCUGACUGCUCCCUUCAAUCCCAACGAUCUGGAAUACUUUGAGAUUCAGGCUGAGUCCGGUUGGAUUGUACUCAAGAAGCCGCUUGACCGCGAGACAUACAAGUUAGAGGCCAUGGCCCAAGACAAGGGCUAUCCGCCAUUAUCGCGUACUGUCGAAGUACAAAUCGAUGUGGUCGAUCGUGCAAAUAAUCCGCCCGUCUGGGAUCAUACUGUCUAUGGGCCCAUUUAUGUCAAGGAAAAUAUGCCCGUUGGCGGCAAAGUCGUCUCGAUCAAAGCCAGUUCGGGUAUCGAAGGCAAUCCCACAGUUUUUUAUCGACUGAUGCCCGGGUCAACGGCUCAAACGAACAAGUUUCACACGUUUUACUUGCAACAAAGACCGGACAAUGGCGACACUUGGGCCGAUAUAAAAGUAAAUCAUCCGCUGGACUACGAGAGUAUCAAGGAAUACAAUUUAACCAUACGUGUUGAGAACAACGGGGCCCAACAAUUGGCUUCGGAAGCGACCGUGUACAUAAUGCUCGAGGAUGUUAAUGAUGAAAUACCUUUAUUCACCGAACGCGAACAGGAAACGGUGCUCGAGGGCGAACCGAUUGGCACCAAAGUGACACAAGUGAACGCCAUCGACAAGGAUGGCACAUUUCCAAAUAAUCAGGUCUACUACUACAUUGUGGAUUCGCCGCGAAACGAGGGCAAGGAAUUCUUCGAAAUCAAUCUGCAAAGUGGGGAGAUCUUCACGAAAACCGUAUUCGACAGGGAGAAGAAAGGCGCCUAUGCCCUCGAAGUGGAGGCUCGGGAUGGAGCCCCCUCUGCUCGACCCAACAGCAAUGGACCCAAUUCAGUCACCAAAUUCAUACGCAUUGGCAUCGCCGAUAAAAACGAUAACCCGCCUUAUUUCGACAAAUCGCUGUACGAGGCCGAAGUGGACGAGAACGAGGACAUUCAACACACAGUGCUCACUGUAACGGCCAAGGAUCACGACGAGUCCUCACGUAUCCGCUAUGAAAUUACAAGCGGCAACAUUGGCGGCGCUUUUGCGGUUAAAAAUAUGACGGGUGCCAUUUAUGUAGCUGGCGCUUUAGAUUACGAAACUCGACGCCGGUAUGAACUCCGUUUGGCCGCCUCCGACAAUUUGAAGGAGAACUACACCACCGUGAUAAUCCACGUCAAGGAUGUUAACGAUAAUCCCCCCGUUUUUGAGCGACCCACUUAUCGCACCCAGAUUACCGAAGAGGACGAUCGUAAUUUGCCCAAACGCGUCUUGCAGGUUACGGCCACAGAUGGCGACAAGGAUCGUCCCCAGAACAUCGUGUACUUCCUCACGGGCCAGGGCAUUGAUCCGGAUAAUCCAGCCAAUAGCAAAUUCGACAUCAACCGCACCACCGGCGAAAUAUUCGUACUAAAGCCUCUGGAUCGCGAUCAACCCAAUGGACGCCCCCAAUGGCGUUUCACUGUAUUCGCCCAGGACGAGGGCGGCGAAGGACUCGUGGGAUAUGCGGAUGUCCAGGUCAAUCUGAAGGAUAUCAACGAUAAUGCCCCCAUUUUCCCACAGGGCGUAUACUUUGGCAACGUGACUGAGAACGGAACCGCCGGCAUGGUUGUGAUGACCAUGACAGCCGUGGACUAUGACGAUCCCAAUGAGGGUUCCAAUGCGCGGCUGGUGUACUCCAUCGAAAAGAACGUGAUUGAGGAGGAGACGGGCUCCCCCAUUUUUGAAAUCGAACCCGAUACGGGUGUGAUAAAGACCGCCGUUUGCUGUUUGGAUCGCGAGAGAACUCCGGAUUAUUCUAUACAAGUUGUGGCGAUGGAUGGCGGGGGGUUAAAGGGGACGGGGACGGCCUCUAUACGGGUUAAGGACAUCAACGAUAUGCCGCCGCAGUUUACGAAGGACGAAUGGUUUACGGAAGUGGACGAAACGGAUGGUACGGCCUUGCCGGAAAUGCCCAUUUUAACCGUUACCGUACACGAUGAAGACGAGACGAACAAGUUCCAGUACAAAGUUAUCGACAACAGUGGCUAUGGCGCCGAUAAGUUCACCAUGGUGCGGAAUAACGACGGUACUGGUUCGCUGAAAAUCGUACAGCCCCUGGACUACGAGGAUCAGCUGCAGAGCAAUGGCUUCCGUUUCCGCAUCCAAGUGAACGAUAAGGGCGAGGACAACGACAAUGACAAAUACCACGUGGCCUACUCCUGGGUUGUGGUAAAACUGAGGGACAUCAACGACAAUAAGCCGCAUUUCGAACGGGCCAAUGUGGAGGUUUCUGUAUUCGAGGACACGAAAGUUGGCACCGAACUCGAAAAGUUCAAGGCAACCGAUCCGGAUCAGGGUGGCAAGAGUAAGGUAUCCUAUUCGAUCGAUCGAUCUUCGGACCGUCAGCGCCAGUUUGCCAUUAACCAGAAUGGUUCAGUUACCAUUCAACGUUCGCUGGACCGCGAAGUAGUUCCUCGUCACCAAGUUAAGAUCCUGGCCAUCGACGAUGGUUCUCCGCCGAAAACCGCCACUGCCACACUAACAGUCAUCGUCCAGGAUAUCAACGACAAUGCUCCCAAAUUCCUCAAGGAUUACAGGCCGGUUCUGCCCGAGCAUGUUCCUCCACGUAAAGUGGUUGAAAUCCUGGCCACCGAUGAUGACGAUCGCUCCAAGAGCAAUGGCCCGCCAUUCCAGUUCCGUUUGGACCCCAGUGCAGAUGACAUCAUCCGAGCUUCCUUCAAGGUGGAACAGGAUCAAAAGGGUGCCAACGGUGAUGGCAUGGCUGUGAUAUCGUCCCUAAGAUCCUUCGAUCGCGAGCAGCAAAAGGAAUAUAUGAUUCCUAUUGUAAUCAAAGACCAUGGUUCCCCGGCAAUGACUGGAACUAGUACUCUGACCGUCAUAAUUGGCGACGUGAACGACAACAAAAUGCAGCCAGGAUCUAAGGACAUCUUCGUUUACAACUACCAAGGACAAUCGCCAGACACUCCGAUUGGACGGGUCUAUGUCUACGAUUUGGAUGAUUGGGAUCUGCCCGACAAGAAGUUCUAUUGGGAGGCCAUGGAGCAUCCAAGAUUCAAGUUGGAUGAAGAUUCCGGCAUGGUAACGAUGCGAGCAGGAACUCGUGAAGGACGCUAUCAUCUCAGGUUCAAGGUCUACGAUAGGAAGCACACUCAAACCGAUAUACCAGCCAAUGUUACGGUUACAGUGAGAGAAAUUCCCCAUGAAGCUGUUGUAAACUCGGGAUCCGUACGUCUAUCAGGCAUUUCGGAUGAGGACUUUAUUCGAGUCUGGAACUACAGAACCCAAAGCAUGAGCCGCUCGAAGAUGGAUCGUUUUAGGGAUAAGCUGGCUGACUUGCUAAACACUGAAAGGGAAAAUGUGGAUAUAUUCAGUGUGCAAUUGAAGAGGAAACAUCCGCCUCUAACGGACGUUAGGUUUUCCGCACAUGGAUCUCCUUACUAUAAACCAGUUAGGCUAAAUGGAAUUGUACUGAUGCACCGCGAGGAGAUCGAAAAGGAUGUGGGCAUUAAUAUCACCAUGGUGGGCAUCGAUGAGUGUCUGUAUGAGAACCAAAUGUGCGAGGGCAGUUGCACAAACUCGCUGGAAAUCAGUCCUCUGCCCUAUAUGGUUAACGCCAACAAAACUGCCUUGGUCGGUGUUCGUGUGGAUACCAUUGCUGACUGUACUUGUGGUGCUCGCAAUUUCACCAAACCAGAAUCCUGUCGAACCACACCCUGUCAUAAUGGUGGUCGCUGUGUGGACACCAGAUUUGGUCCUCACUGCUCGUGUCCUGUGGGAUACACGGGACCCAGGUGUCAGCAAACCACUCGCAGUUUCCGUGGAAACGGUUGGGCCUGGUAUCCUCCCUUGGAAAUGUGCGAUGAAUCGCAUUUAAGUCUGGAGUUUAUUACCCGAAAACCCGACGGCUUAAUCAUCUACAACGGUCCAAUUGUUCCUCCAGAACGAGAUGAGACGCUCAUCUCAGAUUUCAUUGCCCUGGAAUUGGAGCGAGGUUAUCCUAGACUGCUUAUCGACUUUGGUUCGGGAACUUUGGAGCUGAGGGUGAAGACGAAGAAGACUUUGGACGACGGUGAAUGGCAUAGAAUCGAUCUGUUUUGGGAUACCGAAAGCAUUCGUAUGGUUGUCGACUUUUGCAAAUCAGCAGAGAUUGCCGAAAUGGAGGAUGGCACUCCGCCGGAAUUCGAUGACAUGUCCUGCCAGGCGAGAGGACAAAUUCCGCCAUUUAAUGAGUACCUCAACGUUAAUGCUCCUCUGCAAGUGGGUGGCCUAUAUCGGGAACAGUUCGAUCAGAGUCUGUACUUCUGGCACUAUAUGCCCACGGCCAAGGGAUUUGAUGGCUGCAUCAGAAAUUUGGUGCAUAACUCAAAACUCUAUGAUCUGGCCCAUCCUGGAUUGUCGAGAAAUAGCGUCGCGGGUUGUCCUCAAACCGAGGAAGUUUGUGCUCAAACUGAAACCACAGCUCGCUGCUGGGAGCACGGAAAUUGUGUUGGAUCCUUGUCCGAAGCUCGUUGCCAUUGUCGACCAGGAUGGACAGGUCCGGCCUGUAAUAUCCCUACAAUACCCACUACCUUCAAGGCCCAGAGUUAUGUUAAAUAUGCUCUGAGUUUCGAGCCCGAUCGAUUCAGCACGCAAGUCCAGCUAAGAUUCCGGACAAGAGAGGAGUACGGCGAACUUUUCCGAGUUAGCGAUCAGCACAAUCGGGAAUACGGAAUCCUUGAGAUCAAGGAUGGUCAUCUGCACUUCCGUUACAAUCUGAACUCUCUGCGCACUGAAGAAAAGGAUCUCUGGCUAAAUGCCAUAGUAGUAAACGAUGGCCAAUGGCAUGUGGUGAAGGUAAAUCGAUAUGGCUCAGCUGCUACCCUGGAAUUGGAUGGUGGAGAGGGUCGUCGUUAUAACGAGACCUUUGAGUUCGUGGGACAUCAGUGGCUGUUGGUGGACAAGCAAGAGGGUGUCUAUGCGGGCGGCAAAGCUGAAUACACCGGAGUGAGAACCUUUGAAGUGUACGCCGAUUACCAAAAGAGCUGUCUCGAUGAUAUACGUCUCGAAGGCAAACACCUGCCAUUGCCACCGGCGAUGAAUGGUACUCAGUGGGGACAGGCUACCAUGGCCAGGAAUCUGGAGAAGGGUUGUCCUUCGAAUAAACCAUGCUCCAACGUGAUUUGCCCCGAUCCGUUCGAGUGCGUAGACCUGUGGAAUGUCUACGAGUGCACUUGCGGCGAAGGACGCAUUAUGUCACCCGAUUCCAAGGGCUGUAUGGAUCGCAACGAAUGCCUCGAUAUGCCCUGCAUGAACGGUGCCACAUGCAUCAAUCUCGAGCCCCGACUCCGAUAUCGUUGCAUAUGUCCAGAUGGAUUUUGGGGCGAGAAUUGCGAACUGGUGCAGGAGGGUCAGACCUUAAAACUCAGCAUGGGCGCCCUGGCGGCGAUUUUGGUCUGCCUUUUGAUCAUACUGAUACUCGUCUUGGUGUUCGUCGUAUACAAUCGUCGCCGUGAAGCGCAUAUCAAAUAUCCGGGUCCCGAUGACGAUGUGCGCGAGAAUAUCAUCAACUAUGACGACGAGGGAGGCGGCGAGGAUGAUAUGACGGCCUUUGAUAUCACACCUCUGCAGAUACCAAUUGGAGGGCCAAUGCCACCUGAGCUGGCGCCCAUGAAAAUGCCAAUUAUGUAUCCCGUCAUGACCUUAAUGCCAGGUCAGGAGCCCAAUGUGGGCAUGUUCAUCGAGGAGCAUAAAAAGCGCGCCGAUGGUGAUCCAAAUGCGCCACCUUUCGACGACUUGAGGAACUACGCGUACGAGGGCGGCGGCAGCACAGCUGGAUCGCUCAGCUCGUUGGCUUCAGGAACUGAUGACGAGCAGCAGGAGUAUGACUACCUCGGAGCCUGGGGGCCGCGCUUCGACAAGCUGGCCAACAUGUAUGGACCCGAGGCGCCCAAUCCCCACAAUACCGAACUAGAAUUGUAAGCUGGUGGAGCGAGCAGUGAUGAGGAAUAGAGUGGGGAGAAGGGAGAGACCGAAUCCAAAUCCGAUGCGGAUACCUAGAUGAACAAACUAAAAACUGUUAGUAGAUACAAAGUUGCAUUUAAAACGAAAUGAAGCCCCACUCCCGAGGGAAACUCACACACACACAAAGAAAGCGCAACCAAAGAAGCAUCUCAAUGCUGAAGUUGGCAGAACUCUCUACGUAAAUGGAAACUAAGAACUAGAAAACUAAAAUAGGGGAAGGGAAGUGGAAGUGAAAUCAAACACAUAUUAUGACACGUAAAAUGACAUUUGUAAAAAUAUUUCAUCAGCAUUUAAAUUUAAACAAUUACGAUAAUGAGAUUUAGUUGUUAGGGCAACCGGUAAACCGAAAACGGUUACGGUCGCACUUUUUCCAGCAUUUUUUGCGGGGCAAGUUAUGAACGAAAUAAAACUAAAAAUUGAGGAUAGAGAUUUGUAUGAUGUAGGAGAGAGCAUACCAAAGUUUAGUUUAGGAGCGCUUAUGAAUUUAUAACUUUAAUUCUCAAACCGAUUUAUUGUGCAUAUUAUUUUAAGUUGUAAUUAUUAUUUUAGGCAUUUUAUGUUUAUAAGUUUGUGACGCAUGUGAGAGUCAUUUAGUGGUUAAGCCAGAACAAUUCUCAACGCCUUUAAUUUAUGGAUACGUUAAGUUAAACAAUUUUUAUUUCGCAUUACUUUUUAAGGAUUACGAUUAAACAGAAUUAAAACUUAUAUAAAGGAAUACCCAAAGACUGUUUUCGUUCCAUCAUAACAAGUAUAUACAUACAUUAAAAACACGAAACAUAUAUAUACAUAUAUAUAUAUUAACAUAUAAAGCAUUACGAAAUUUUUAACUGCAACCCACGGGCGUUUCGCAAUUUGUCACAUUGUGUAUGAUUCAAUUAAAGUAAACCACAAUCGGCAAAACCUGGCCAAAUUCCAGGAAGAAAGUACUCCUAAAAAAUAUUCUAAAGCAGAAAACCUAUGCUAAAACUUCAUAAAAGCGAAUCAAGCAAAAGAGUAAAAGAAAAAGUAAAAAAAAAAAUAAGAAAACGAAAAAUUACCUUUAGAUGAACUUAGCGCAAUUGAUAUAAUUAAAAUGAAUACUUCAAAAGAAAACAAAUGAUAUAUAUUAAUGAUGAAAAAAUGGAAAAGUAUUUUACAUUGUAUAUAUUAUUAGUUUUAGCACGUAUACAAAGAAACACACAGAUACAACAAUAUUAAACCAAAUCAAAUUGGUAGCAAAACCUAAAAUAAUAUUAAGUCAUUUCAACUACAGAGAAAAAAUACAUUGAAAUAAAAACAAAUAAAAUCCUCCAUAUACAUAAACCCAAAACUAACUGCAUUUAAACACAAACUUUUUCCACACAACAAAGCAAGCAUUUUGCAGAUUCAUCUUUUUUUGUCAUUUGUUUGCUGAAACCUUAGUCGAUCGACAGUGGUCGCAAAUUUUUAUUAUUCUUCAUUUGUUGUUGCAUAGACCCACACAUAAUAAAUGUUGUUUUUUAAGUUGAAUUCGUGUGUUUGAUUAAAUUUGCAACAGUCAGCCAGAAAAACUAAGCCAGAAACGCAGUUUCCCUAUAACAGAUUGUAGAGAACCGUAAGUACAUAGCAAGAAAUAUAUAUAAAAUCUGCCUAGUUCAUACAGUUUUCUAGGUAGCAUGGCCGCGAAUACGAUCCUAUUAUUUUUAGUUUCUUAAUUUUACAGACUUUAGCAGACAAAAAACACGACACAAUUUUUGGUAUUCGAUUUAUUCCCUACUACCACAGAAGAAAGUUUAUGAAGACUACUUAAGAAAAACCUACCAUAUACAUAUAACGAAUGGAAACGGAGAAAAAUCUAACAAAACUGCAACAAAAGUUGACUAUUGAAAAGUGCAAAGAUUUUAACGUAAUUGUUAAACCAUACAGCGAAAUAAAUAAUAAUACACUUCUCUGCUGUACUUGUUUGAGAAAAUUCAUAGAAAUUUUAAAGCACAUUAAUUGUUAAAUCGAACCUUAACUCGAAGUAGCCAUUUACGAAUAAACGAAGCCAUUUUGCAUGAUUUGCCUGCUUAGUGCAGUACAGUGCGGUACGGUACAGCAUGGCCGCAGAUUGAGAAACACACAGAACACUGCCAAAAUUAGGGUUUAGUUUCGCAGGGACUCGUGAGGUUAAUUCAACGAACCGUUCAUUUUUCGCUUUCGCUUUUCUUUAGCGCUCUGAACUUUUCAUUUGGCCUUCUUGCUGACGCAUCUGACUAUGAAUAAAUUUUGCAUUUAUAUAUGUAUAGGUCGAACAGCCAACGGAAACGAAAAAAAUCUCAAACAACCACAAAACAAACAUUAAACAAUGCAAACAUUUUAAAUUGUAGACAUUCAGAUAAACAGCAAACAAAAGAACCGGGCGAUAUUUUAUAUUUAUACCAGCUGGAAAAGAACACACACAGAACAAAAACCAAAUUAGUAGAAUGGCAAGUGAAUUAUAUACUCAUUUACACAUAUUUGUUAUAUAUUUUGUAACGUAAGUUAGAAACAUAUACUAUAUACUGAAUAAUGCACAGACACAUACAUAUAUAAUGCGAAAUACAUUUACAACAAACACAAAUGAACACGCCGACAGACUGACAGUUAGACAGACCCAUACAUGCGAUGCAAGAAUCAUACUAUUUGAUAACUAUGUAUUUAUAAUGUAUGCAUUUUUUACCAACCCGAAAACAAGCGGCUAACAAAAACCGAAUCUCCUCUAUGAAUCGUAAAUCCCGUUCAGUCUAAUAAAAUGCAAAACAGAUACACAUACUAAAACAAAUGAAAAUGCGAAGGCAGAAAACAAAAAAAAAAACCGAUUUGAAUGCAGUUUUAGAUAAAUUUGCAUAUAAGUACAUUACUAUGUAAAAUCCCUUUAAUAUACACAAAAAAGAAAAUGCAAACGGAAACUAGUAUUAAAAAAAGAAAUUAUGAAUAAAUUACGAGUAAUAAUGAUAAAACAAGAGCAUAGCAAACUGCUGGAAAAACUAACAAAUCAAUUGUGUCAGUAUCGAAAAUGAUAAAAAUGCUAAUUAAGUAAGCGACAGAGAAAAGGCGUGAAAACUUGUAAGCUAAUCACGCUCCACUUGAGGAAAAUGGGGAAAAUAUUUAGUUAAGAAACCUAUACACGACAUACACACACACAAACACAUUGACAUAUACACACUCACUCAUAGACAACAUCAAGAAAUGCAAUUAUAUUAAACGAGGAAUUAUUAUAAAAGCAAAAAACACACAAAAAGAAAAGUGGAAAGCAAACAAAAAGAAGGAAUAAAAAAUAAAUAAAGAAUCUGUAACGUUAUAUGGAAAG